AUGCCGACUCCUGUGCCAUUCAAAAUCGCAGUAUCCGAAGAAAAGCUUCGUAUAUUGCAUCAGAAACUUUCCCUGACUGAAUGGCCGGAUGAAGUACCACUCAAGGAACCUCGGAGUCGCGGCGCGCCUCUCCAGGAGGUCAAAACUCUCGUUGAUUACUGGUUGCAUUCCUUCGAUUGGCGGGCACAAGAGAGCAAACUCAACCAGUUCCCUCAAUUCACCACCGACAUCGACGUGGAUGGAUUCGGCACAUAUAACGUCCAUUUCAUCCAUCAAAGAAGCGACGUCCCGAAUGCGAUUCCAUUGAUCUUCCUUCAUGGCUGGCCUGGCAGUUUUAUCGAAGUCACCAAAAUUCUGCCCGAGUUGGUCCAAGGGGGUCAGAAUUUCCCAGCCUUUCACGUCGUGGCCCCCAGCCUCAUUGACUAUGGUUUCUCCCAGGGGAAUACAAAGGAAGGAUUCAACCUCGAUCAACACGCAGAAGCGUACCACAAGCUGAUGCAAAGUCUUGGAUACUCUGAAUAUGUGGCUCAAGGCGGCGACAUUGGCAAUUUCUUGACGAGGUUUCUCGCUCUAAAAUAUCCCGAAUCAUGCAAAGCUCAUCAUACAAACAUGCCGACGCCGAAUCCACCGGAUCCAUCCAAGCACACAGACCUCAUUGCCAAGAUAGAGGCUGAAGGCGGCCUGAGCGAGGAAGACCAAUAUCGGUUGGCAUCCACCCAGGCACAUCAUGCCAGUGGAAUGGCGUACGCGAUGGAGCACAUGACAAGGCCACAAACCAUCGGAUACAGUCUGGCUGACAGCCCGGUAGGCUUGCUCUCAUGGAUCUACGAGAAACUGGUGGACUGGACAGCAGGGUAUCCGUGGACCGCCGAUGAAGUCUUGACCUGGGUCUCGAUCUAUCGAUUCUCACGGCCAGGGUCUGCUGCGCCUCAACGCAUCUACUAUGAAAUGAUGCAUCGGGAGUCAAUGACAGUCGUCGACGUGACGGCACAGUAUAUUGAUGUGCCUUUGGGGACCUCGCACUUCAAGAAAGACCUGUUGCGCUUCCCAACACGCUGGGAUGCUACUCUUGGUCCAAUUGCUUUUCAGGCGGAGCAUGACAAGGGUGGUCAUUUUGCAGCAUGGGAGUGCCCGCAAGACCUGGUCAAGGAUCUGCGUGACAUGUUUGGCAAAGAGAGUCCGAUUCACGGCUGCGUGGCUGGGCAGAGUGGCUUCACAUAA